CCGUUUUCUUAUCGUUUCCUAAGAUUUUACCAUUUAAUUGAUGCUGAUUUACUAUCCCUGGUGUUCUAAUUAGCAUCCUGCCCUACCGACUGCCAGGUACACGCAACAAUAUGGCGAAAAACACGUCCAGUUCCGCGUUCCGAAAGAUCGAUGUUGACCAGUACAACGAGGACAACUUCAAGGAAGAUGACGCAGACCAGGCAUCCAGUGGAAUGAUCGUACCGGACGAGGCGGAAAUCAACUCGCUUUUGAAUCAGGGUCGCAACACGGACGCCCUGAAGACCGUCCUCCAGAAUGCGCCGCUGAUGUGCAAGAACCAACAGGUGAAGGACAACGCACUAAACCUCACGCUGCGGGUACUGUUGUCGAUUAAAUCAUCCCAAAUCGAUGCCGCUAUCGAAUCGCUGGACGAUCCGGAAUUGUGCGACGUACUGAUGAAGUACAUCUACCGUGGGUUCGAAAUUCCAUCCGAAGGCUCCAGUGGCCACCUGCUCACAUGGCAUGAGAAGGUGUUUGCCAAGGGAGGAGUCGGUAGUAUCGUGCGGGUGCUAUCCGAUAGUGCACGAGCAUAAGAUAGUGGUAUUUAAGGGGAUGCCGGGUUGAAUCAAUUCCUGUUCCGUGUUCGUUGCCCCACGUUGCUAAACCAGCAUGAGUCAGUAUAUGCAUUUUAUUUCUUUUUUUAAUUUCGCUUCAUUUAGAUAGUCCAGAUAUAAUCGUAUCGCUGGUGCACACAAAGAUAAAGCAAGACUUUAGGUUCGUUCGAUUCAGAACGUUUCUUACCGAACGAUCAAACGAUAGCAAAAGUGGAUUGUUUUCAAAUGAUUAAAUAAAUAAGUCAUUUACAGAA